CCUGUUUUUCACUCAAUGACGAGUGGAUACGCCCUUUUUCUAAGUGGGACGCGUGCGUUCGUCGUUUUUCCUGUUGAACGCGUAUCAACGCCGUGUACAUCUACCUGUAGUAAAGAGAUAAAUGCGCGUUAUCAUUAGAGCCGAUGAUAUCAGCAUCGUUAUCGCAACUUGUUACCCGGGUCCCAGUUCAGUUUCGUCGUGCGUACUAAGGUAAUUAGUUCGUUCAUCACUCCGCUCCCACGAAAAUGCGGUCUCGGGCGUCGCGAAAGCAGCCCGAUUGCGUUUUCGCGUUGCCGCUGUGGAUUGUCCUCGCCGUCUGCGCCGUUUCAUUCCUCACAACGCGUCCCGUCGUCGCGACGCAAAACGCGAACGAAACGUUCGAAAGUGCAUUCGGAUUAAAUUUGCCGGAGUCGAUCGAGAACCAUAAUGCGGAAGGGGAUGACGCAUCGCCGUUGCAUGUGACGAAGGAGGAGGAAACGCCUCUGGAAAUCGAGGAUCUCGCCGUGGAAGAAAAGGAUUUGCCCCCCGUUGAGAAAACGGCCGGCGAGGACGACCUGGUCCAGAUCCUGCCGGAAAGCAAAAACACUUUUUCAACGGAGAAUGAAUCCGGGACGGAUUCACCCUCUGUUCAGGGUAUCGCCGGUAAAAUGGCGAACGAGAAGAAUGGGAAAUAUGUGAGAUACGAUUCGGAUUCACCUGAUGCUAACAGAUACGCGCCUCGCCCAGAGGACCACGUACCGAACUAUAAAAUCACGGACACCAGGCUGAAAGAGAUUAGAUCUCAGUUCAUGUAUUGGUACUUCGAUAUGGGUGGCCACGAUGGGAGAGGAGAUUAUCAGUCGUCUUUGCAGGCGACGACGCUCCAGAUACACAAGAAUCUAAAUUUUCAGUUGCCCUUCUUUGGCUUUAGAUUCAAUUACACACGAUUAACUGUGAACGGUUAUCUGGAAUUCAGCGACCCACCGGAACAUCUCACGUAUCCGCUCGUCUUCCCGAUAAAGGAUUGGCCUAGAAAGAACGAUCCCAGUUUCAUUGGCAUCUUUUUCAGCAAAUGCCGUAUCGGUAAAAUAAGAGAAACGGACAUCGAUCAAAGGAAGCCGGGAGUGUAUUUCAGGCUCGAGAGGGACCUGGAAGGCCGAACCGAUCAGUUCGGCGUGGAGAUGCGGGAGCGCGUGAUGUGGGACAUUCGUCAGGGUGUUGUUGGCGCCGAUUCCUUCAUGCCUAAGCACGCGCUCAUAGUCACCUGGAAAAACAUGUCAUUCACCGGUGGUAUCGACUUGUCCCUCCACAGAACCAAUACGUUCCAACUGAUUCUGGCCACCGACGAGGUCUUCACCUACGCUAUUUUCAAUUACCUCAAUCUCCAGUGGACGAGCCACACGGAGGCGGGGGGUGACACGACCACGGGCGAGAACGGAGUUGCUGCAUAUGUGGGAUUUAAUGCCGGGAACGGCACUCAGAGUUACGAGUACAAGCCCUACUCCCAGGCGACCACAAUACGGGACUUGACGAGUAGAGGGUGGGCGAACGGCUUCCCGGGCCGACACAUCUUCAGGAUCGACGAAAAGAUAAUGCUGGGCACUUGCAACAAGGACAUCGCUGGCGCUCACCUGCCGCUGGUGUUUGCCCCGGAGAGCGGUAACAUGCUGGGCGGCACUGUCGUCAACAUCACGGGGCCGUGCUUCAACGAGACCCAAAAGAUCAAGUGCCGCUUCGAGCACGAAGUGGUGAUAGGCACAGUGAUCGACAGGAACCGCGCGAUCUGCGUGCAACCGUUUCUCAAGUACGAAGGCUACAUACGUUUCUACAUCGCCAUCGACAGUGGGACCUACGACUGGAAGGGAAAGUACUUCGUCGAGACCCCGGCGACCGCGACGGAGAGGAUUAUCUUUACCGAUAAAGAGGCCAUUCACAGGAAGGACCCACCGGAAAUCAAAUUUACAUGGAACGCGUACAACUUGACGAGCAACAUAGGCGCGGGGGUACAGAUUUCGCUGUGGGGAUACAGGGAGACCAAGACGACGCCUGAAUUCGAAUUCAUCACGACGCUGGAGAGAUCGUAUACCAACAUCGGCAAUUACGUCAUCAAACCGGCCAAGUACCGGAACGAGUACAAUCCGCAGCACAUAGACAUGGCGUUUGGAUUCAUCCAAAUUAACUUGACGGAACCGCAACUGUUUUCCGGACUCUCGAUAACGCCGAGCUUGUGGAGCAGGCCGAUCCCCCUUGGAUGGUACUUCAGUCCUCAAUGGGAACGGCUGUACGGUUCGAAAUGGUCGCAGAGGCUCUGCGACAAAUGGAUCAUGAACGAUCGAUACCUGAAAAACUUCGCCGCCGAGGUGCCGCUUUGCCCCUGCAUCCUGGAUCACGCUCUGUACGACAAGGGAAGAUUCCUCCCGGAUUACAAUUGCGACAAGGACUCGAAUCCAGAUUGUUAUUACAACCAGCACGCGAUGCACUGCGUUAGGACCGGUGCGCCCAACUUGGAUGGUUCAGAGCAGCAAUGCUGCUACGACAGGAACGGCUUUCUCAUGCUGACGUACGACCAGCAAUGGGGAUCGCGACCGCAUCGAUCGCACAAUUUGGGCUACUUCCCCUGGAACGAGGCUAACAAGGUGCCAACCCUCUCGCACUGGUACCAUGACGUGGUGCCCAUGUACUCGUGUUGUUUAUGGCAGGAGGAACAGGCGGUAGGUUGCGAGACGUUCCGUUUCGAAAGGCGACCCUCGCAAGAUUGCAUCGCCUAUCAAUCUCCGGCGGUGGCGACGGUGUUUGGCGAUCCGCACUUCGUUACGUUCGACGGUGUCGAGUACACGUUCAACGGCAAGGGUGAAUUCGUUCUGCUGCGGGUGAACGAUCUCAGGGAUAAGCUCGACGUGCAGGGUAGAUUCGAACAACUGCCGGACAACAUUCACGGUGCGGUGAUGGCGACGCAUCUUACGUCGGUGGCAGCGAGAGGAAACAAUUCCGCCACUAUCGAGGUUCGUCUGCGGCCCAAGCACGCACAGUGGCGAUAUCGACUCGACGUCUUUGCGGAUGGUCAGAGAGUAUACUUCGAUCGACCCUCCUUGAGGUUCCAACACUUCACAGGAGUUGUGGUUUACACUCCCACGUACAUCCUGAACCAGAGCGAGGUCAUCAUCAUGUUCGACACCGGUGCUGGCGUGGAAGUCGUGGAAAACGAGGGUUUCAUAUCCGCGCGAACGUACCUGCCGUGGACGUAUCUGAACAAAACAAAAGGGCUAUUCGGCAUCUGGAAUUUCGAUGUGACGGACGAUUUGACAAACCCGUCAGGAUAUCAGGUCCCCGUCAACAGCGUGAAUCAUUCGGAGACCGUUCACAGAGAUUUCGGGUUGCACUGGAUGCUGGAGGACAAGGAGACCAAGCUCAAAGGAGUCGCGUUAUUCCACAGAGAGUUCGGUAGGACAGCAAGUUAUUACGCUAAUCGUACGUUUCUGCCGGAAUUCCGCAAGUUCCCGAAGGAGAUACUGCCGCCGAAUCGAACGAACGACAUCAAUCGCGCGAUGGAUCUGUGCGGCGAAUCGUAUCAGUGUCAGUACGAUUACGUUAUGACCUUAAAUCGCGACUUGGCGCACUUUACCAGAAACUACUACGACACUUACACCCAGAUCAGAGCGUUAAACAACAGAGAAAUCGUAUCCUGUGGUGUACUGGAGACACCGCGGUUCGGGCGUAAGAGCAACUUCCUGUUCAUCCCUGGGACAAAAGUGAGCUUCGAGUGCAAUCAGGACUUUACUCUCAUCGGCGAUCAACGUCGAGUGUGCACACCGGAGGGUCAAUGGAACACCCCAGAGUACGGAUACACGGAGUGUCUUCGUCGCAUCGAAUACGUUCAGCGUACGGCGUGGACUGUAAUGGGCAUUAUUAGCGCCGUGUUAGUUCCCAUCAUGGCUUGCAUCGCCGGCGGUUUCCUUUACAUACGAAGGAACCAGAAGCGGGGUGGCUCCACGAAGUCAUGGGGCUAUACCGGCCGCGAAUCCGGUAUCGACAAUGACUCCACGUUGUCGAAGAUCAAGUCGUUCGAGGAUAGGGCCAUCACUCCUAUUAGUGACGCUAGCACGGUCGAGACUAAUAGCGGCACUAAGAAGCGACGUAGUUACGACAGGGUCUACCGCACACAUGAGCCCUUGCCCAAUAGACCGGACGUUGACUUCGAGGACAAAGAGUGGGAUCUGAAAGAACCCAACUCGCCCGCGGCUUCGGGCUCGGAUUCGGGCACGGAUUCGAUUAGAAAAACGGGCAGCCCCACCAAAGAGAGCGACGUUUGAACUCGUGUGCUCGUCUCAAUAGCGGUUGUAGCGUAGAAACGAUAUUGUUACCAGCGACAGGAGGGUUGCUCCAUCCGCACGCGUCGUUACUUGAAUCAAUGGAUAUGUGUGUGUGUACGUGUGCGUGUUCGUGUGUGUCUACUGAAUGUAUAUGUGUGCGUGUGUGCGACCAUGACAGUGUAUCUUGACGGCGAUUGCAGAUAAUAACGUACAUCCUGCACAUGCAAAAUUAGCAUUAUAGAUAGAUUGUAGACGGAAUUAAUUUCUUCACGAUUUUAUUCAUACGAAAUAGAUCAAAAUUUAGCGUUAAAAAAUUAGUUGCAGAUAAGUCUUUUUUUUAUACCGUUGCGCGCGACGUGCCAAAUAUAACUUCAUUGUUACUUCCAUGUUCAGCGUUGCUUCAAUGUUCUCACGCGUAAUUAACACGAUACGAAAACUACUGUUCUUGCUGUGGAAUAGAAAUAGUUGCGGCAUUAAUUGUUAGAGUGCAUAACUUGGAAUACACAAUCUAUUAUCGCUCUAUCGAUAAUCCUAAUACCAAUUAAUGUAACGCAUAAAACGCCACGCAGUGGCUUCGUGGCACUAAACAGUAACAACAAUCUAAUUACAAUUAUAACCAGUUGGCGCGAUGUCGUAACAACCACUGCAAUUUAAUCAUGUUAUGUACUUGCGCUCACGUUACUGUAAAGGUUUGUGUUAAUAAAAUUUUAUACAUCACA